CUAGGAGGAACGGAAGUCGUGCGCGCACACGCGCAGCGGCGGACCGCUGAAAGGUGGACCGCGCCGCCCUGCAGAGCUUCCGCUGAAGGACGCUAGACCCCGUGGCAGGUGGAGACUGUGGGCUGUUUAGCGCCAUGCGUCAUGUACAAUGUAUCCUCCGGGUACAGAGAUCUCUAAGGUGGGAAUGGAUGACCUCCGUGUCCUGGCUUUUGCUCAAGACCUGCAGGGCACACAGCACUCUUCCCAGUACUGCAUGCCCCAGUCCAGGCCAGCAGGAGGAUGGAGUUCGCAAGGAUUUCAGCUCCAGGUUGGCCUCUGGACCGACUUUUCAGCAUUUUUUAAGUGCUUCAGCUCCUCAAGAGAAAUCCUGUUCACCAGAAGCAGAGGACCCACCCCCCUAUCUCACAGUGGAUGAACUUCUAGGAAGGCAGAGAAAAGUCUACCUCGAGACGUACGGCUGCCAGAUGAAUGUGAAUGACACAGAGAUAGCCUGGUCCAUCUUACAGAAGAGUGGCUACCUGCGGACCAGUAACCUCCAAGAGGCUGAUGUGAUCCUUCUUGUCACUUGUUCUAUCAGGGAGAAGGCUGAGCAGACCAUCUGGAACCGUUUACAUCAACUUAAAACUCUGAAGACAAAGCGACCCCGCUCCCGGGUGCCUCUGAGGAUUGGGAUUCUAGGCUGCAUGGCUGAGAGACUGAAGGAGGAGAUCCUCAACAGGGAGAAAAUGGUGGAUCUUUUAGCUGGUCCAGAUGCCUAUCGAGACCUUCCCCGACUGCUGGCUGUCACGGAGUCAGGGCAGCAAGCCGCCAAUGUGCUGCUGUCUCUGGAUGAGACCUAUGCUGACGUCAUGCCAGUCCAGACAAGCCCCAGUGCCACUUCUGCCUUUGUGUCAAUAAUGCGGGGCUGUGACAACAUGUGCAGCUAUUGCAUUGUUCCUUUCACACGUGGCCGGGAAAGGAGUCGUCCUGUGGCCUCCAUUCUGGAGGAGGUGAGGAAGCUUUCUGAUCAGGGGCUCAAAGAAGUGACUCUUCUUGGUCAGAAUGUUAAUAGUUUUCGGGACAGUUCAGAGAUCCAGUUCAAUAAUGCUGUGUCUACCAACCUCAGCCGUGGCUUCACCGCCAAUUAUAAAGCCAAACAAGGGGGACUUCGUUUUUCUCACCUUCUGGAUCAGGUUUCCAGAGUAGAUCCUGAAAUGAGAAUUCGUUUCACCUCUCCUCACCCCAAGGAUUUUCCUGAUGAGGUUCUACAGCUGAUUCAUGAAAGAGACAACAUCUGCAAGCAGAUCCACCUGCCUGCCCAAAGUGGAAGCAGUCGUGUACUGGAUGCCAUGCGGAGGGGAUAUUCAAGAGAAGCUUAUGUGCAGUUAGUUCACCACAUCAGAGAGUCUAUCCCAGGUGUGAGCCUCAGCAGCGAUUUCAUUACUGGCUUUUGUGGGGAGACAGAGGAAGACCACCUGCAGACGGUGUCUUUGCUUCGGGAAGUUCAGUACAACAUGGGUUUCCUGUUUGCCUACAGCAUGAGACAGAAGACGCGGGCUUAUCAUAGGCUGAAGGAUGAUGUCCCAGAAGAAGUAAAAUUAAGGCGUCUGGAGGAACUUAUCACUGUCUUCCGAGAAGAAGCUUCAAAAGCCAAUAAGAUCUGUGUGGGCUGUACCCAGCUGGUACUGGUAGAAGGGCCCAGUAAACGCUCUGCCACUGACCUGUGUGGCCGGAAUGAUGGAAACCUUAAGGUGAUCUUUCCUGAUGCCGAGUUGGAGGAUGCUGCUAACCCUGGGCUCAAGGUCAGAGCCCAGCCUGGGGACUAUGUGCUAGUGAAGAUCACCUCUGCCAGCUCUCAGACACUUAAAGGACAUGUCCUCUGCAGGACCACUCUGAAGGACUCCUUGGCAUAUUGCUGAUCUGGUUGGAUGACCUCAGCAUUGAGUUGGGCCAUCCUCCCCUACAGGAGGGACAAUAUGACUGGUCCCUAACAGAAGUGGUACCGAAGCUUCAGAGACAAGUGCGACUGGUGUCGAGAUCGCGUCUGGUGGAAGAGCACAUCUCCUUGUGUUGUGUGGACAUCGUGUACAGUCAUUAAAUCUACCUAGAACUUGCGGGUCUGCUUUUACCGCGUAUUUGCCUUGGUUGGUGUUUCUGGUGUUAAGUGUUUGUCAUUCCAGUUGUGUGUUUUUUGUCCUAGGAGGACCCUAGGAGGGCGAACCAAAGUGGGGGAUGGUGGGAAAAACCAUUUGCUUAGGGGAAAAAAACUCUCCAGAACUUUCUGAAAUUUUUAUUUGAUGCCUUUGGCUCACCCGCUCAUUGCUUCAUUUCAUGUAUUUUGCCUGAGGAUUCCCUCACGGGCCUCGUUAACCUGUCAGUUCAUUCUUUCAAGUCUGAGAACACUUGGAGUUUUAGAAAAUGUCAGUACCCAUUAACAGGCUCUGCGUAGUGGUUCUGAGUCCGUUCAGCUUCCUCAGCCAUUUUGUUCAUCAUGAGAAAGCCCAAGAUAUGGUGUCAUGGAGAAUGUGGAGUCAGAGAGACUUCUGUUCAAGUCCCUGUGUCAUUGUCUGAGAGUCACGUGAACUGAGUAGUUACUUUAUGCUUCUGGGCCUAGUUUUUCUCACAUGCGAUCUGGGGGUAAUAAUACAAAUCUAAUCUCAUGGAAUUGAGUGAGAUUGCGCUUGUAAAGCAUUUCCCAACGUUGAGUUUUGGGGUGUAGUCCAGUGGUAGAGCAUUUGCCUAGCAUGCUUGAGGCCCUGGGUUUGGUCCCCAUUGCCCGCGCCCCCCCCCCCCAAAAAAAAUUUUUUUUUCCUACAGAAUAGUGUAAGCUCUUACGAAUGGAGGUGAUCUUGAAAGUGUUUCUAAACAGACUGUGCAUAUGAGGAUAUGCCGAGGUCUACUGUGUUCUGGCUGUGAUCUCCCUUAGACCCUUACUGUUGGCUUGCAUGACGUCCCGGGGAGCCACAGGUGGGAAUCUCUUCUUCAGGGCUGGUUCCUCCUGAGGAAGGUUGGUUUCUAUUCUCAGGUUCCAUCUUCUACUGAGAACAUUUCUUACAGCUCUUUACUCGGUUCUUUAUUUAAAAGGCAUUUAAAGCAAAUUUUGAAAUUUUGCUCAUUUAAGAUUUUAAAACAUACAUUUGGGAGCUGGGUGCAAUGACGUGAGCCUGUAGUCCCAGCGCUUAGAGGCUGAAGUGGGAGAUUGAGUCCAUUGAAUUCCAGACCAGCCUGAACAAGAUAGCAAGACCUUGACUGAAACAAGAGCAAAAGCAUAAAAGUGAAAAACAGUCCAGAUCAUAAAUAGUUAUCUAUGGUCAAUUUGGUUUACUGCCUCCUUUCUCCUAACCCUCUAACUUCCUUUUACAGAGACCAGCCACUUUUAUCAUCUUUUAAUAAGCUUUUCAGAGAGUCUGUAUAUAUAGUGAUUGUGUGUAUUAUUUGUUUACACAAAUAUUUGCACACCAUACAUAUUUUCAAUUUUUUUUAUUGGUGUACUGUAGUUGUACAUGAUUGCAGGAUUCAUUCUAAGUAUUCAUACAUGCAUACAAUAUAAUAAUAUAAUUUGGCCACUAUCAUUCCCUACACUUUUGGUAACUUUAUUGAGGUUUGUGUAAUUGACACACAACCUGAUGUGCUCAUAUUUAAAGGGUACGGUUUGUAAGUUUUGGUGUUUGUAUAUGUCAAUCAGACUGUAACCAAAUUAAAAUAGUGAAUCUGUCUAUGAUCCCUUAUCAGGUUUCUUCCAUGUCCAGCUUGGGUGAGGGAAAGGGUCUCUGAUGGAGGGAUGAGCUGGAGGUAGAUUGAUCACUAAGAAACUUGUUUAAUAGAAUAACCACAGGAGAUACUUCUGUCUUUUGAAUCAGGGUCGUGACAGAUUGAGCCAUGCUAAGAUCUAGCUCUAAUGAAAUGAGCCCACUUUUCCUUUAUUUAUAGUCAUAUAAGUUAAAGGGGGACCAGGAGGAGCUUCUGUGGGGAACAGGAAGGCAUGGAGUUAAGGAAGCCAUUUGCUGUAGUGGGACGUCCCAGCAGGACCAGCAAAUUCUGGGUGGUGAGCCCCUCUGCAUGGAAACCACAUACUUCAGGUGGUCUGGAACAAUCUCUUAAUGAUCGCCAGUUCCUGGAAGCCAGAUUUCCGUGCCUGGCGGCUCACCAGCUUGGCUUUAAUUGCUGGUGGUAAGUGGCUGCCCACGACCCCUGGAGUGUUCUGGUGUCUGCAGUCCCGCUCUCCCUGACCUUCCUCUACCAGGCACCACGGAGUUCUGUACAAAUUCAGACCUGUUGUGUUUUCAUUUUCAUUAGCUUUAAAAUAUUUCAUAGUUUUCCUUUUUUUUUUCUUUGACUCAGGGGUUAUUUAAAAUUAAGUUUUUAUUUCCAAAUAUUUCCAGAUAUUUUGGGAUUUUCCUGAGACCUGUGUGUUGGUGCUUUAAAAUUUAAAUCCACCAUGGUCAAAGCAAACUUUGUAUGACUUUAAUCCUUUGCGUUUAUUCAGACUUAUUUAGUGGCUUAGAAUAUAAUGUCUUCCGGUUUAGUAUACAGUUAAAUCAGGAAUAUAUGUUGUUCUAUAAACUGAAAUCAAAUUCCACACAUGUAUGAUUUUGUAGAGAUAACCCAACCACAAUGCAGGGCUAAAACACUCAAAUUAAAAAAAAAAGUUCUGCAACUGUUGUCAGUUCAGGUUGUUCAAGUCUCUAAUAUCCCUUCUUAUCUGUCAAGUUGUUCUGUUGACUUUGACUAUUGAGAAAGGGGUAUCGAAAUUCUGAAAAUAAUUGUGCAUUUACCUACUUUUUCCUUGUGGUUGCUGUCACAUUUUGCUUCAUAUACUUUGAAACUCUGAUACUAGAUAAAUAGACAUUUAGGAUUUCUAUGUUCCCUUGAUUAAUCGACACCUUUACCAUUAUGAAAUGACCUUAUUUAUCUCUGGUAAUAUUUUUUGCUUUGAAAUCUACAUUGUCUACAUGGUCAGCUACCUCCCCUCACUCCCUCCCUCACCCCCUUCCUCUCUCUGUUCUUUGGUUUUUGGUGCUGGAGAUGGAAUCCAGGGCCUUGUGCUGACAGGCAA